CACGUUUUUCUCUCGAGAAGUGCAACGUCAGAUUUCUGAUAAUAGAGUGGCAUUCGAAGAUUCUAGAGAUCCCGAAAAUGUAUCGCAAGCUGAAGUUCGAGGUGGAGUACCUGACGGAGGAGCAUCUCACCGGGUUCGAGAGCUACAAGUAUAGCUCCCUGGACACGAGUCCCCUGAGCGUGUAUGUUAUGCAUCCCUUUUGGAACAAAGUGGUACAGUACUGUCCAAAGUGGGUUGCUCCAAACGUACUAACUUUCUCGGGAUUCCUUUUUACCGUGCUAAACUUCAUGCUAUUUGCGAUUUACGACUACUACUUCUUUGCGUCCAGCGACGAUAAGCCGGAACACCCUCCGAUAUCACGAUGGGUCUUUGCAGUGGCUGCUUUUAACAUUUUUAUGGCAUAUACGCUUGACGGGAUAGAUGGAAAGCAGGCAAGACGCACACAAACGUCCGGCCCCUUGGGGGAACUGUUUGACCAUGGUUUAGACAGUUGGACUGCCAUGUUGAUCACGGUGUGCAUGUACUCGGUCUUCGGCAGGACGGAUCACAGCGUCUCGCCGUUGCGAAUGUACUUCAUACUGUGGAACGUAUUUAUUAAUUUCUACCUAAGUCAUUGGGAGAAGUAUAACACGGGCGUACUGUUUCUUCCCUGGGGAUACGAUGCUUCCAUGCUAGCAACUGUCAUUGUAUUUACACUUACCAGCAUAGGUGGACACGAAGCCUGGAAAUUCGAAUUACCGGGUGGUAUAUCGGCGGGAAUAAUGUUCGAAAUGUUGUUUUACGUUAGCGCGCUCGUGUCCAAUCUACCAGUCGUUCUGUGGAACAUAUACAAAUCCUAUAGAGAUAAGACCGGCAAAAUGCGGACAUUUCCAGAGGCUAUAAGGCCCUUGGUGCCUUUAGUUCUAUUCUUCAUAAUUUCCACGGUCUGGAUAAUGCGCUCUCCGAACAAUAUACUAGAAAAGGAUCCGAGAAUAAUAUACUUUGUCAUCGGCACUAUUUUCUCCAAUAUAUGCUGUCGAUUAAUCGUAUCUCAAAUGAGUAAUACUAGAUGCGAGAUAUUGCCGUGGUUACUGUUGCCGAUUGCGGUCGCCGCCGUUUUCUCGUUUAUCUUGCCCAGCGUAGACUUGGAAAUUAUGUAUUUAGUCUCCAUAGUGGCCUUGGUGGCACAUAUUCAUUACGGGACUUGUGUGGUACGUCAAAUGUGCCGGCACUUCCGUAUUCAGACGUUCUCCAUAAAAGAUCAUUCCGAAUGACUACUUGCCGACGAUGCAUGUUAAGAACGAAGAGACAAGUUUUAAAAAAAAAGAAGAUCGAUAAAAAGAUCGGAAAAGCAAGCAGGGAGAAGAGAUCUGGCACACACAUACACGCACGGAUUUAAAAUUAAAAUUAAUCACGAGGAAUUAACUUAUAUAUCAUAUGGCAAAACACACUUGUUGGGGAAAAAAAAAAUAAGGGAUAUUCCUAGAAAUCACGUCCUUCACGAAGAAACACUCGCCAUUCACGCGAAAAUACGAAAUAGUAAUGCUGCUCGCAGAGAUAUAUUUGAUAGCGCCACUUUAUUCCACAUAUUCAAAGAGACUAUAUAGUGCCUGCUGGGUCGCGCGCGUCUAUUCCCGUAUAUCGCAGUAACAAAAUUGCCCCGGAAAAAAAAACGAACGGUUUGAACUGUUUUACUGUGAUAUACCUUAUCCGCGUCAAUGCUUUUAUCUCCAAGAGCAGCGGUACGUCCAUAAACGUUCUCUCAAUCGUGGUAUUCCGCUUACAUAUGACAUGUGUGUACAAAUACUUUUUCUUUGAAUGCUGCCGAGCUCAUUCAUUGAGCAGUAAGCUAAAAAUGCACCUCUUCGUUUGUGACAUGUAUCGUCCCUCGGACGUUAUUAAUCAAUUGUACUAAUAAUAUUGUAUCUAUCUUAUCUUUU